AUGAACAAGCAAGAGCUGCAAGCCCAUCUCACUGAAAUACUUGCGGAAAGCCCCAGGGUCUUGGUCGAGCAGUUCCUGUCUGGAACCGAGGGCACUGUGACCGUGAUGCCUCCUUCAAUAGAUGUCCCACACUAUUGGUCUUUGCCGCUCGUGCUCCGAUUCAAUCACGACCGUGGCAUAGCGCCAUACAACGGCGUAGUGGCCGUGGUCAAGAAUUCCAAGGCGUUGGCCCGGGAACAGACCGCCGCGAAUCCCACCUACACGGCCAUCUGCCGACACUGUGAACGCGUUGGGGAGAAGCUGAAGACAACUGCUCCGAUACGCAUUGAUGUGCGUCAAUUCGGGCAAGGAGAAGAUUUCGACACAUUCGCCAUUUUCGACGUCAACAUGAAGCCAAACAUGACAGGCCCUGGACGACCGGGACGGGAGAGCCAAGCAAGCUUGACAGCGAUGGCAGCGUCUUCCAUCGGUUGGGACUACACGGCAUUAUUGAAAUACAUGCUGGCAUCUUCUCGUACCCUGCAGGACCUCCGCUCACUGGAGGUCUAG